AUGACAACCUCAGUCAGCCCGGCAACGCAUUACGAGGCGGCUUACAAGAAAGGUCUAUUGCUGUUUCAGAUGCUGGAAGCUAGCUUUGGUGAGCUCGGUAAUUUACUCAAAAACACAGAUACGCCAACUGAAAGCGAAUACCUCAAAUACGAAGAUCUCUUGGAGAACAAUUGGGUUGAGCGGUCCUCCGGGGACGAUUCCAAAAUCCUGGCGCGACUGUUGGAGGACCUUGGAAUCAAUACUUCAAGUAAUAUCCCUGUUUCACAUGAACACCACGGCGUUGCACCAAUAGAAGAAUCGCUACAAGAAGGACUUGAGAUGCAGAUACGCUUCGACUCAGUCAUCAACACUUCCGGUGGUACGAUUGCGGCCAUGAACACGUACAGUCCCAUACAUGAUUGGAGAAAAGCGAAAGCGGAUGCCGAGAACGCUCUACUAAAACAAGCCGGCCACAAGUCUACGGAGAAAAAUAACGUCGGCGAUGACGUCCCUAGCCUGAAGUACUGGUCAGAUGUCGCAUACCUGCAAUGGGCCUGCCGUAACACGGACUCAUCCGACCUACGUUAUGUGAUGCGAAUGAGCAUCACAAACGAAAAGACAAAAGCCGUCAUCCAGCAUAUCAAACAACAAGCCCAUCCCAAAGCUUCAGGCUCACACUCAUUCGACGUUGACCACCGCGAUCAGGUAGCCGCUUUUUUAGGAACACCGAAUGGAGCCGGAGUCGCUUGGUUGCUCAUACAGCAUAAACAGCAAUUGGGCCAUAAGACAGUUUACAAGCUGGACAGUCUCGGUAUUCAAGGUUCUAACUCUCACUUCAUCAAUGUUACAGACGAUUACACGAAAGACGUUAUCACUGGCGAAACACUUGCAGGCGCAAGCGAAGUGAGGUUCAUGUCCGAUAUCAACGUUGAAGCUGGAAUUCUCGUGGUGAACUACAGCUACAGCCCGACACACAAGGCCAAGGAGUUGAAAUCGCUGGCGGCCACUCUGUUACCCUCGUUGAAGCACUGGUCCGAUAUAGCCUUCCACCAAUGGGCCCACUCUCAACACCCAGAGGAAGAAGUACGUGAUCUCAAGUUCAUCAUGAGAGAAACCAUCGCGAACGAAGAUACUUUGGCUGUCAUUCAUAGUAUUCUCGACGCUUCACCUCCCCAGUCGCAAGCUUCACUGCUGGGUACAGCACACGGUGCAGGUGUAUCUUGGCUACUUGCGCAGCAUCGAGACCAACUUGGCCAUAAGGUAAUUGCUGGGAUAAGGAUAUUCUAUAGCGACGAGCCGCUAGACCGCAACGGAGCCCUCAACUUGCUGUUCGGCCUCAGUGACGCGAAUGCGCGUGAGGGACAUAUCGAGAAGUUGUGA